AUCUUCUCAUUUAAUAGGAUCUUCUGAUAGUCAGAAAUCACCUGAAAAUAUGCCUGUACAAGACACUGGUGCAUAUUCAUUAAAUUCACCAGUCCAAGACAUUCGACCUGAGAUGUUAAGAAGAUUUGGGGAAGCAAUUGACAAAGAGGAUGUUUGGGGUAAUGAAGGGAAGAGGCGAAUGAAAUUCGGCCGGAGGACUGUUCACCAAGAGAAAAUCAUAGCCCAGACGUUUGUCAAGUUUCUGGAAGAUGGAAAGCGUAAGGAAAACAUGUUUGUGGACGAGUUGAGGGCAAUUUAUCAAGAAUUUCGCCUGUCGUACGAUACACUGGGUAUGUCAUUCUCCAAACUUCUCAACACACUUACUUAUCAUCUAAACAUGUGCCAGCAACUUCAUGACCGUGUUAUAUUUGGAGGCGGAGAUGCCGCAGCACUUCAACUCUUAGUUGACGAUCCAAGUGACGAAUCGGAAGGUGAAGAUGACUUUUUCAGCCUCACGAGGCAUGGAGCUUAUCACUGCAAAGUUUGCAAAAGGGAUCUUGGGAGUGCAGACGCUUACAGGACUCACAUGGCUGGUGUGAAACAUCGCCAACAGUAUAUCCUCAGAAAGAUUCGAAAAUCACUCCAGAAGUAAGUCUA